AUGGUCAGACCAGUGGUUACUGACCGUUUGCCUACGGUGUUGACUGGAUUUGGCGGUUGUGGUUUCUCUGCUUUGGCAAUUUCAAGUGACGGUUUCACCAUAGCCUCGGCUACUGACGAGUUUAUUAAUAUUUAUCCCACGUCCUCCAUCUGGUUACCCUCGUUUAGUCUCAACGUGCCAACUGCGCAUAGUCCAAUUAACUUUAAGCUCCAGAGGCUAAUCUGCGCUGAUGAAAAUUGUAAGUGUAAAUCCACUCUGCCUCAGUAUGUAAAACCGCCGUUAAAAAAGGCCAGACGUAAAUACGGCAUGAAACGUGUGGUAUACCUCGGAGUCAUACAACACUUACAGUUCUUCGGUCAGAAGAACGAGUUUUUAGUAGCCCUGGGACCCUUUUUUCUACUAAUUUAUGAUCUAAGUACUAUGGAUUUGAAUCCUCUGAUCAGUAUAGACAUGAGAUACUUCGGACUAGACACCGUGGCGUAUCCCUACAUACUGCUGUGUUCGUUCACUGUGUUGAACAUACACCGGAACUUUAUAUACCACAAUCGACUAUUGACGUGUGUUGAGUUUAUGUUUAGUCAUAGACCUUACGUGCCUACGUAUUAUAGAGUUGUGUUUAAUGAAAGGAGGUGGUGGAUUGUAGACUGCCAAGCCACCACAGGCCUAAUCAAACAAGAAUCUCUAGACGAUGACGUGCCAUACAACGUUUUCAAUCACUUUACAACUAUGGAGUAUGAUGUAGAUUUGUCAGAAAAGUUUAGGUAUGAAUUACAGGAGGAAGAGCCGUAUGUGGAUUUGACGCCGGUGUCAAGUGACACAGGUAAAUCUUAUAGUGAAGAAAUCUGUAGAAUGCGAAUGUAUGAGUAUAGACUAGUGAAGGAAAUGCAGAAUAGAGAAUUUGAAGAGGCUAUCUUCAAGAAUAAGACAAAGUUACCGAAAAGACCUGGUAGGAAGCCGAAAAGAACCAGAUCCAAACUAGCCUUUAGAAACUAUUUAAACAAUUUUAACGCUAAGCUGAGUUUAAAGGAUACUUUUAUUAAUGGUCUAGGCACUAUUACUAAUCCCUACAACACUCCAAGGAUUAGCUUUGAUAACGGGUCACAGUCUGAUUUUCACUACUCACACAGUCAUACCAAUACUGAUUACAAUUCUAGUCCUAGGGAUUACACAUUUGACUAUAGAGACUAUAGAUUAGGUUCUGGAGAUUACAAAUUUGACUAUAGGGAUUACAGUUCUAGUCCUAGGGAUUAUAGAUUUGACUAUAGAGAGCACAGAUUAGGUUCUGUAGACUCCAGUUCCAGUCCCAGGGAUCACAAACUAGGUUCUGGAGAUCACACAUUUAGCUAUGGAGAUAACAGAUUAGACUAUGGAGAUAACAGAUUAGACUAUGGAGAUCCCGGGUUAAACUGUGGAGAUCCUGGGUUAAACAAUGGAGAUCCCGGGUUAAACAAUGGAGACCGUAGAUUAGGUUUAGACACUAAUUCGAACCCGGAUUUGGCUGGUGUAUUCCCGGACUUAUCUGAGUUGAAGCAGGAGUUAGACGAGGAGAUACACAACGAUCCAGGGUCAAGUAUGGAUAAUAAUAAUGAUAAUAAGUUAAGAGAUGAGGAAUAUGUCUCGGGUAUUAAUGUUAACUCGGCGUUUAAUAAACCCUUUGAACUUAAGUCCAUUUACUUCCCCUUCUGCCUUCUCAAGAAGAAGUUCACCACUGAAAAUCUCACCUCACUAUUGAAGUUUAGUACUAACAGUGGGCACUCUGGGUGUACCCAGGACAAUCUGGAGUCUACUGUGGACUUCUCAGAGUGUAGUGAGGACAACCGUGAGAUCCCUAGGGACAACAAUGAGAUCCCUGGGGACAAUCUGGAGAACUCGGAAUACUAUUUGAAGUAUGUGGAAGAGUUUGUAUUUGCUGGAUUUGUCCCGGUGUCGACUAUAGUGAUGAUAAAGUUCACCGUGGAGACUUACUUACACGUGGAGAGUGGAGUGGUAAGAUCAACGGUGUUGGGGAGGACAGACUCUAAAGUGUUGGCAGACUUGACAAUAUCAAAUUUACCCAUUAGAGUUCACAUGUUCAUCCCGAACCCGCUCGGGAACCAGUUUGUCAUCCUCGUCUACGACCGGUUCUACGUCUUCAAAUACACCACAGCCAAUUCCAAAACCACCAAACUCAUUUUCAAACGCUUUUUUACCAAGUCAAACACUAACACUGGGUGUAAUACCACACAUAACACUGUGACUAAUUCCACAGUAGUUAGUAGUAAUAGUGUUGAUAAGGGAAGUUCUCAACGUACAGAUGAGUCUAAAAGUGGACCUAUAGUAACUAGUGGACCUACAGUAAAUAUAGCAGAUGAUAAAGAGGAUUUAGUACGGUCUACAGCUGAUGAAAAUAUGAACUUUGUACAACCUGAAACCCCUGAGGACAGGGACUUAAGUCCUCCUAAAACAGAUGAAACCCUGUUAACUAUCUCUAAGUCUCCCGAAGAUAAAGAAUUAACCACCACUAAUACUACUAAUAAUACUACUAUUACUAAUAAUAAUAAUGAUGUGAGUAGCCUGAGGCUGUAUGAGGUGGUGGUGGAAAACGAGUUGGUGGUUGACAGUUUGAGGAUUUAUUACUGUCACUAUGACCCGGUGUUGAAGUUACGUUACAGUUUGGGUUGUUUUAGUAAUGCUAGGGUUGACGGGUAUUUGGCGAUGUGUACGAAUUACAGUUCCCAGUGGGGGUUUCAGAUAUUUGACCUCAGGUGUAAAUCAGGCGUCGACGGCCUCAAACUUGUUAUGGACGCCUCAAAGUGUAAAGGCUUUAUUCAAAUGUCCUGGGUCCCAAAUACUAACAAGUUCAUGUUCAUCUCGAGGUUAAACGGGGAGUUGUACCAACUUGAGCCCAAGACUAGGAGGAACUGGGUCGGCCUAAUCUCCAACUUUAAAUCCAUUGAAAAGAAUUUGGAGUACAUUGAACCCGAGGAUAUCUUUGAUAUAGACCCGGAAACCGGCAAGAGCGCAGAUUCAACCGUUUCAGCAGAGCUUUACGGGGAUAUUAAGUCUGGUACACAUACUAAGAAUAGGAAAAGGUAUGGCAGUGUGAGAUAUCCGUUUUAUGAGCCGGUCUUCUCAAUAAUCGGUGAUGAAUAUGUCAAGUAUCAGCAGGAACUUGAGAUUAACGAGGUAGAUCCGGAGUAUCACACUAGUAGUCCGGAGAUACAGGAAUAUUAUCAAAGCGUUACCAAACCAAUUAAUCUAAUAUAACAUA